CGUCUUUGUGCAUAGUCUGUCCCUAAGAAAGGAACUCGACUUAAGCCAUCUGGCUGCCAGAUGUAUCUGGACUUCCUUGGUUCCCCUCCGCAGAGACUUGAGCCUCUGGAACAAAUCACCUCCCCGACAUCAGAGACGAGAUAGAAUGAGGACGGAGGAACACUCCGUCUGAAAUCUUGAACUCUAGUUUUUCCUUCCAUGCCAAGCGGCAGGGCAUUCUGUGUCCGCUGCAAAAGGGGAGUUUCCUCACCAUCUGUGGAUAGGCAAGAAGAUUCAAAAGAGGAAUAUUUCCUUUGAGACGUGAUGCCAAGUUCCCACACUUCUUUGGACCAUGGCGGACAGCAAGCAGCGCAGAAAAGGAUCUGAAGGUUCAGAUCGCUUACCCUCUCAAAACUGUUUGUGGAGCAUGGGUACAACUGCCAGCGCCGUCCCACAGCCUGUUUCUGUAGCAUCGCAGCUUGAAGGUAACGGCAUGGCUGACAGCAGGCAGUCUCUUAGCUUGACCUCCUUGCAGACGGUCAACAUCCACAACAACAAGGCCAAGUCCAUUAUCACCAACAAAGUUGCACCUGUCGUCAUCACAUAUAACUGCAGGCAGGAGUUUCAGAUUCAUGAUGACAUCCUCAAGACCAACUACAAAGUUGGCCGGAUAUCGGACACGAUGCCUGAGCAUUACCUGGUGCAGGGGCAGUACUUUAUGGUCCAGGAUGUGUACAGCAAGGCAGAUGUCCUUAACACCACAAGCAGCUAUGGCGCACCCAACUUCCGCAAGGUCAAGGGUUCCUACCCGUUGUAUGGAAUGGGUCAGCCCAGCUUGAAUGGCUUCAAACAGGUUCUCCAGAGGCUUCAAGCACAAGGACAUGAGGAGGUUAUUUUCUUCUGUGUGAGAGAGGAGCCCGUGGUUUUCCUGCACAAAGAGGAUAACUUUGUGCCAUACACCCCCAGGAGAAAGGAAAACCUGCAUGAGAACCUUCAUGGACUAGAAAAGGAGGAGCUGGCGGAGAGCCUGGAGCUCAUCAUCAGGAAGGAGCUGUAUGAUUUUGCCAAGCUGAAUGAGAACACAUUCUUUGUCUACAAUGACAUCGAGUACUUCAAAGAUGAGCCUCAGAAGAUUGUGAUCACGUGUGAGGACGACAUCCAUGUGACUGAGGAGGUCUACAAGAGGCCCAUGUUCACCAUGCCAUCCUACAGGUACUACAGAUUACCUCUACCAGCGGAGGGAGCGCCCCUAGAGGAAGACUUUGACGCCUUUGUAAACAUGCUCAGGGAAAGUUCCAGCUUGUCUCUGGGCCAUGAUGGAGGCCGAUCGCUGCCUGCACUACUUUUCAGCUGCCAGGUGGGCGUCGGCCGCACCAACCUGGCCAUGAUCCUGGGUACGCUGGUAAUGAAUCGCCUAAGGGGUGACUCACAACAUCCACCUGAAGAUGAAGAAUCAGCAGCUCCAGAGCCCAAACCACUGUUCCAGGUCAUCCAGUCUCUGAUAAAUAAGUUGCCUAAUGGACAGCAGAUCAUGGAAGAGGUUGAUCAAGCGAUCGCCCUGUGUUCAGAAAUGCAUAACAUAAAAGAAGCAAUAUAUGAGAACAAGCGUAAACUGGAAGGUAUUGGAGAAGAUUAUCAGAUUCAGGGAAACAGUACCAAAGACUACUUUCUCACCAGAACGAUGCAGAGUUUGGAGUGCUACUUCUACUUGAUUGUGUUUAAUGCGUACCUUCAUGAACAGUAUCCUCUAGCUUUUGUGUCCAACUUCAGCCACUGGAUGUGCUGCCACGCGUGGCUGUACAGGUUAUUGGCCUGCAUGGACCUGUCAGAGCAGUCCGCUUCCCCUGAGCUGGUUACCAGAGGAGCCAGAGUCCUGGUUGCUGAUGAGUACUUGGCUCCAGAUGUGCUCGGCACUAUGAAGGAGAUGAAGGUGGCUAACUUCAGAAGAGUGCCCAAGAUGCCAGUUUAUGGAACGGCUCAGCCAACGUCGGAGGCUACUGGGACAGUGCUCGCCCAUCUGACGGAUGAGAAGAGGAAGCACCGUCACGUGUUAUGGGUCAAUCUACAGGAGGAGCUGGUGCUAGAAGGGAACGGUCAUAUCUUCACACCAAGGGAGCCUUCCAGUCUGGACCAGGACAUCUCUGUCCCUUCAUCUGACUCACAGCUCCUUGAGAAACUGGAGACAUCCCUGAAGGAGGAGAUCUUGAGAGCCCAGAAAUGGUUGGAGGUGAUGCUGGAGCAGGAGAAACAGAUGAAGAUGUUCAAGAGCUGCCUGACAGUCCAGGAGAUCUUCAACCAGCACAAAAGCUCCCAUCAGGGUCUCAUCUACAAACGCAUCCCACUGCCUGACUGCAGUGGCCCCAAAGAGGAGGAUUUUGAUAGACUAUUGGAGGCCAUGAAGAGUUCAUUGGCUGAGGACUCCAAUGCUGCUUUUGUUUUCAGCUGCUCCAGUGGCAAAGGCAGGACCACAACGACCAUGGUCAUCGGCGUUCUGACUCUUUGGCACUUUAACGGAUUUCCAGAGUUUGCUGAUGAUGAAAUUGUGAGUGUUCCUGAUGCCAAGUACACAAAAGGAGAAUUUGAGGUAGUGAUGCAGCUGGUGCGUCUUCUCCCUGAUGGACACAGGAUGAAGAAAGAGGUGGACAUGGCCCUGGACUCAGUCAGCGAGACUAUGACCCCAAUGCACUACCACCUGAGAGAGAUAAUCAUCUGCACAUACAGACAGAUGAAGAGUGGUAAGACGGAGGAGGAGUGUCAGCAGCUGCAGCUGAGGAGCCUGCAGUACCUAGAGCGCUACAUUUACCUCAUCCUCUUCAACACAUACCUGCAUCUGGAGAAGAAAGACUCUUGGCAGCGCUCCUUCACACUCUGGAUGGAACAGGUGGCUGCCAGAGCCGGAGUUUACGACAUCCUUAACCAGCUGGGUUUCUCUGAAUUUGAAAACCUGAGAGACUCGCCGCUGGCCAGGCUGCGUUGGCGCUGGAAACAACAGAACAUUCAAUCCCUUCCUUUCCGAGGGGAGUUUAUCUGA